UUCUUCAUUUCUAGAGAGAGAAACAACAAACAUGGAGUCCACCAAAACAGCAAUGGAGGCUUUUGAGAAGCUCGAGAAGGUCGGCGAAGGAACCUACGGCAAAGUCUACCGAGCCAGAGACAAAACCACCGGCAAAAUCGUUGCUCUCAAGAAAACCAGACUUCACGAAGACGAAGAAGGCGUCCCCCCUACAACGCUUCGAGAGAUCUCCAUCUUACGGAUGCUUUCAAUUGAUCCUCAUGUUGUCAAGCUGAUGGACGUGAAGCAAGGCGUGAAUAAGAACGGAAACACUGUACUCUACUUGGUGUUCGAGUACAUGGAGACUGAUCUGAAGAAAUUCAUCAGAUCCUAUCGCCAAACUGGUGACAACAUUCCGCCCCAAAUCGUCAAGAGCUUGAUGUACCAGCUUUGCAAGGGCAUUGCUUUCUGCCAUGCUCAUGGUAUAUUACACAGGGAUCUUAAACCCCACAAUCUUUUGAUGGAUCGAAAGACUUUGAUGCUUAAAAUAGCAGAUCUUGGACUUGCUAGAGCUUUUACUCUACCAAUCAAGAAGUACACUCAUGAGAUUUUGACCCUUUGGUAUAGGGCUCCAGAAGUACUUUUGGGUUCUACCCAUUAUUCAACAGCUGUUGACAUGUGGUCGGUUGGCUGCAUUUUUGCUGAAUUAGUCACAAAUACAGCCAUUUUUGCGGGAGAUUCUGAACUUCAACAAUUGCUACAUAUUUUCAGGUUAUUGGGUACACCCAAUGAAGAAAUUUGGCCCGGAGUAAGCAAGCUCAAGGACUGGCAUGAGUAUCCCCAAUGGAAACCGAAGCAAAUUUCAACUGCUGUACCAACGCUGGAUGCAGAUGGACUCGAUCUCAUUUCGAAAAUGUUGGAGUAUGAACCGUCAAGAAGGAUUUCAGCUAAAAAAGCAAUGGAACAUCGAUAUUUUGAUGAUCUUGACAAGACUUAUCUUUGAGAUGCCACAUCUGUUGCUUGUCUCGAGCAAAUUUAACGAAAAAAUCUGUGUUCUGAAAUUAACUGCUGAUUUGUGGCAAGGAUUAAAUUGUUUUUAACUGUAGGUUUUUAUGUACCAAGUAUGAAUGAAUAUGUUAACCGUAUGUUUAGUACUUUGACAUCUAUGAAUGAAUAUGUAACAUGUUUGGUUGGUAA